GAUGAUGGUCGGUGCGGCACUGUGACAUGCGCAGUGCGCGGAUGCUGUUCGGUGGAUGUGUGUCCGUUCGCUGAUUUCCUCUCACACACGCGCUCCUCUCCUCCACCCUUCAGGAUCUUUCUCCGGAGCGGCGGCGGGGUUUUACGAGCAGUAAUGCAUUCAGAGAUCCCAACUUUUGGACUCCAAAAACUGUUAAAGCCAAUGAGACGCCAGUGAAGCUUACAAACCCCACAGUCAUCAAGUGUAGAUACAGAAUGGUAGAUCUGUCAUGAUGCACAAAUAUCCACGGUCUAUUGAUGUAUCUACAUAGACACAACCGCUUCUGGACGCCCCACUUGAAGAGCUCUACUUUAAGACCCAGCAUGCCCGGCGUCCAUCGGUUGUGACUGGAGUUUGGUGGCAGCAUGCGUCCAUGGACGGGCUCCUGGCGCUGGAUAGCGCUGGUCCUGCUGGCCUGGGGGACAUUGCUCUUUUAUAUCGGGGGACAUCUGGUGAGAGACAACGAAGAUGUGCCACGCUCCAGCCGUGAGCUGGCAAAGAUCCUCACCAAGCUGGAGCGACUGAAGCAGCAGAACGAAGACCUGCGGCGCAUGGCUCAGUCACUACGGAUUCCGGAAGGACAGUCGGACGGGCCAAUAUCAUCAGGAAGACUGCGGUCUCUUGAGGAACAGCUAAGCCGAGCCAAACAGAAGAUCCACAGCUUUCAGAGAUUAUCUGGAGAUGUUGGUCCGGGUCGAGAACAGGAGGAACUGCGGAGGAAGGUGGAGAACGGAGUGAAAGAGCUGUGGUACUUUAUUCACAGCGAGAUACAGAAGCUGAGUCACGUGGAGCCGUCAGACAGACAGAAACACACUGAGACGCUGCUGCAGGACCUCGGUCAUCAACAGAGGACCAUCAUGACGGACCUGCAGGAUCUCAGUCAGGCGGACGGAGCAGGAGACUGGAGACAGAAGGAGGCCAGAGAUCUUUCCAGCCUGGUGCAGAACAGGAUCUCCUUCCUGCAGAACCCGCAGGACUGCAGUAAAGCUCGUAAGCUGGUGUGUAACAUCAAUAAAGGCUGUGGAUACGGCUGUCAGCUCCAUCACGUGGUUUACUGCUUCAUGAUCGCUUACGGCACGCAGAGAGUCCUGAUCCUCGAGUCCCACAACUGGCGUUACGCUCCUAAAGGCUGGGAGACGGUCUUCCGGGCCGUCAGCGACACCUGCACGGAUCGAUCCGGAGCCUCGAGCGGACACUGGUCAGGUGAGGCUCACGACCGAGACGUUCAGGUGGUGGAGCUGCCCAUCGUGGACAGUCUUCACCCCAGACCUCCGUACCUCCCGCUCGCUAUCCCAGAAGACCUUGCUCCCCGACUGCAGCGCCUGCACGGUGACCCGUCCGUCUGGUGGGUGUCUCAGUUCGUCAAGUACCUGGUCCGUCCUCAGGCCUGGCUGGAGAAGGAGAUCCAGGAGACCUGUGGCAAACUGGGCUUUAAACACCCCAUCAUUGGUGUCCACGUCAGACGGACAGAUAAAGUUGGGACGGAGGCUGCGUUUCACCCCAUAGAGGAGUACAUGGUCCAUGUGGAGGAACAAUACCAGUACAUGGCUCAACGAGGCAGCGUGGAUAAAAAACGAGUGUAUUUGGCCACCGACGACCCCUCGCUGUUACAGGAGGCAAAAAUCAAGUAUCCAGAUUAUGAGUUCAUCAGUGAUAACUCCAUCUCUUGGUCAGCGAGUUUACAUAACCGAUACACGGAGAAUUCACUCAGAGGCGUCAUCCUGGACAUCCACUUCCUGUCCCAGACUGACUUCCUGGUUUGCACCUUCUCCUCACAGGUGUGUCGUGUGGCGUAUGAGAUCAUGCAGACUCUUCAUCCGGACGCCUCGGCUUUCUUCCGCUCUUUGGACGAUAUCUACUAUUUCGGUGGACAGAACGCACACAACCAAAUCGCCAUCUACCCGCACCAGGCGCGCACUGCAGAGGACAUCCCACUGGAGCCUGGAGACGUCAUCGGAGUGGCCGGAAACCACUGGGAUGGCUACUCGAAAGGGGUCAACCGCAAACUGGGACGCACCGGCCUCUAUCCGUCCUAUAAAGUCAAGGAGAAGAUCGAGACGGUGAAGUAUCCCACUUACCCUGAAGCAGACAAGCUGCUGAGCUUAUAGAACAACACAUGAAUAAUUAACGCAUGGACGUCUGAACUUGCCAUGCACUGGAUAACAGACACUCAAGAGAUGUAUGCGUGUGUGUAUUUAUAGGAUGGACGCACCUUUUUGGUUUGCAAAAGGAUCUCAUAAACUGCUGUGGUCAUCAAGAGCCUUUUAAACAGCACUCCGAUCAGCAGAAACUAAUGCUAAAAACAUUUUUUUUUAAUGUUUUAAUGGGUUUUUUAUAUUCUAUUGCCUUUUUAGUGACUUUCUCUAUCCUCAAACUGGAGUGAAACUCAUAGAGAACAAAUUUCACCAACAAAAUCAACAGAAAAAGUAAGACAUUAUAUUUUGCAUUAGGAAAGCGAAGCCUAUUUGAAUAUUUUGCAUUGACAUUUAUUUUCAUGAAGUACAAAAAAAAGGUCUGGACAAUAAAAUAAUAUUUAUUAAUUUAAAGCAGGGGAUAAAAUCUAAUGCAAACGUUUCAGCUUAUUUUCAUAAAAAUUUAAAAUUAUUUUGUAAUUUAUUUAUUUAUAAUUUUUUUUAUUAUUGCAUUUUGUUAGCGCUAUAAUAUAUGAUCAUAUUAAGAAAAAUAUUAUUUCAAUUCUUAAUUUUUUCCUUUUAUUUAAAGGGGUCAUGAUGUUGCAAAAAAAUUGUGAAUUUCGUGCACAGCAAUGUGUUUAUGCAGUUUAAGGUAAAAAAAAAAUACAUACUAUACAUUGUUUCUCCUCUAUGUCCCACCUUUCUGAAACGUGUUGAUUUUUACAAAGCUCAUCGUUCUAAAAAAGCAAGGUGUGCUCUGAUUGGCCAGCUAUCCAGCGGAUUUUGAUUGGCAGAAUGCCUCAAGCGUGAAUAACUCUGGAUAUUGGUUUAUUUCUCAUCAGAAGGAGUGUCAGGCAUGUUUAUAAGCCAAAUAGCUUAAGUAAUUUGUGGAUAAGUGCGUACUGGAGACGAAAACCAUUUCAAAUGAUUCAGAUCGAUUUGGUGAACAAGAAAAUCUGGUUAAAUAGAAAGAUUCAUUUGCGAUCCAUACUUCACUAGAGGAGACAAAAAUCAAUAAAACCCAUUACAAACUAGGCAUUUGUUGCAUCUACUGAGGACAUAAUUAUUGAUUAUAAUGUUUUAUACUGUCUUUUUAUGCGUUGCAUUGCAUAUCAUGCCUCAUAAACAUAAAACCAUGUCUGCAAUUUGUGAUCAGAGAAACAACAAGCAUUACUCUACACUGCUCAAAAGUCGUGUUUGAAUCAUCACUGGGAAAUUAUUUGAAUAUAAAAAAUGUACAGUACUUACAUGCUGUGAGUCAGAAGCACGACUGUCCUUGCAGAGUUUGAACUGCCCCUCUUUAAAGAACAGCCUUUGUGCCACAGACACAUUGAAAACAGUCCUCAUCCUCCAUGACAUGUGCUUCACUCAUCUGAAUAUUUGGGUUCACAAAUCUUCUUCAUGCACCAAGAGCUUGUAACACUCCUAAGAGAAAGGAAAAAUGGAAAUCGCAUCAUAUGACCCCUUUAAGCUGACUUAAAUUUAUUAUAAAAUCAGUAAAGCAUUCUGAGACAUUAAUGCAAAUGUAUUUAUUUAUUUCGUAUGUAUUUAUUAUUAAUUGUCUGUACAUUUAAAUGUGUAAUUAUGUUAAUUUAUUUAUAGUUAUAUAAUAUAAUUUUUGCCUGAUGGUAGUAUUCGUUAUAAUGCUUUUUUAUUUUUUAAAAGAUUAAAUGUUCAUGCACAAUGCAGUAAAAUAAAUUGCUGAAAAUAUUUAUGUAUAAAUAAUGUCAAAACAAUUAAUGCUCCUAAAACAGGCUUUGCGCUAUUCAUGCAAAAUGUAAUUUCUAUAUUUCAUUCUUUUGAUUUAUUGGUGUAAUCUGAUUCACACCUGUCAGACUCUUAAGUUCUUUAUCUGUCUUCAGUCCGUAUGUGUGUGUGUUUAAGUGUGUGUUCACAAAGAUUGUUUGUGCGCUUUAUGUAUUGUGCAUCCACAGUUGUGCCUGAAAUUAAAGGAAAGCAUUAGGGGCCGUUCACAUAUCGCGUCUUUUGCGCGCUCAAGUUCAUUAUUUCCUAUGUAGGCGCGCGGCAUGCGCGCUCAUAAUGGAAGCGACGCGCACGCGGUGCAACGCGCCCGUUUUUUCCAGACGCGUCCGCACCGCAUCGAGUUAAAAACGUUUCAACUUUUCAGAAUGCCGCAAGCGCACCGCGGGUCAUGUGACAAGAACUAACCAAUCAGCUUCAUCCUUUCCUGUAACACUGUUGAAAGCUCAGCUAAGAUGAAGGAACAGCUGAUCAUAGCUGUAUAUGGAUUGACAUUUUGACAUAAAUUUAGUAGCAGAGCUACUGCAACCGAUAUUUAGUCAUGCAAAUUCAUUUAUCCUUUGCUGAAACUUCCGCGUCUUCAUGGAGAGAGCACGUCAUGGUUGCUUAGCAAAGGCAGAUGCCUCAGGGGCGCAACUGCCCGAGCGCUUUGGAAAGGAAAGAAAAAAGCGGCGCGCCUAGCAUUUUCCACUCGUCUUUAGGCGCGAUAUGUGAACGUCCCCUUACAUAUAAAUAUAAAUACAUAUAUAAAUUCUUAAAUAGGUGGUACUUCACAAUUUUCCAUCAAUAUCGAAUUACUCAUUGUUAGCGAACCCUGAAGCAUUUGGACAUUUUCCAAAUUAAUAAAAAAAAAAAACAAUGAAUACUUUAAAGUAUUAGAUUUAUAGUCAAAUUUUAGAUGUUAUGAUUUAUAAACAUGAUCUCAUUGGAAGUAUUGUAAUGUAAAGUGACUAGUACAAAUUUUACUUUACAUACAUUUCACGUAAAUGUUUUCAUGCAUCAAUUUAUAUAAUGUGCACACUGAAUGCAAUGCAAGUUUCUUUAGAUAUAACAAAUUGAAUAUACAAAAAUUGCACAUAAAUACAAUUUUUGUUCAAAUGUCAAAAUCGCAAAUUUACUUUACACACAGAUACUUAUGAAAACUAAUGAGAUCACUCUAGAUUUAAAAGAAUUAACCAAAUUUUUUUGGUUUAAUGUUCAUUAAAGGGAUAGUUCACCCAAAAAAAUUAAAUUCUGUCAUCAUUGUCGUUCCAGACCUGUAUGAGUGGCUUUUUUAUGUUGAACAGUUGGUGGUUGCCAUUGACUUACAUAGUAGAAAAAAUAAAAUACUAUGGAAGUCAAUGGCUACCACCAAGUGUUUGAUUACCAGCAAUCUUCAAAAUAUCUUCAGCAACUCAUACAGGUUUGGAGCGACAUGAUGGUGAGUAAACGAUGACAGAAUUUUAAUUUUUUGGUGAAGUAUCCCUUUAAGCAUCUUUUUUUACUGAUGAGACUAUAACCCCCAGAAAUGAAUUGUGUUUUUGCAUCAUAUGGAGAAAUGGAUGUGAUUCAAGUGUCACUGUAAGUUUAAGGCUUUGUUGUUGUGUUAGAAACAUUAAUGGUUACUGUCGCUGCGAUUACAAACUGAGGAUUUAAAAAUGACAAGAUGCUCUUUUGAAAUGGUUUCUGAAUGAAGCUGAAGGCAAACCCAAAUGUUCUUUCAGCUUUCAUCGUUUCUUUAUUUUUAUUGACACUAUUUGUCUGUAUAUUUGCUGCUUUGAACUCGGAGUUUAACUUUCUUUUGUAAUGAAGACAAAUAAUGUUCACUUUGUCUGCGAGACGGUUUUCAUUUGUUUUGUUUUCGGGUUUUGCCUUCUAUAAACCCAAUGAUCGAUUAAAGUGGAGAAAUCUGA